UAACCAAAUCCCCCUCCACCCACUCCUCUCCCUCCCUCUCUCUCUCUCUCUCUCUCUCUCUCUCUUUUUCGUGUUCCUUGUAGUGUGACGUUAUCUAUUACCCUAAUCGCUCCCGGUUUUUGUUCUCUCCUUCCUUUUUGAGCGCUUCCCUCUUAUCUCCUCCAAACCCUAAUUACCCAUUCUUCGACCCCCUCUCUCUCUCUCCUCCUCUUUAAUUCCUCUCCCCAAACCCUCGAUUGUCUUUUUUUUUUUUUUUUUUUUUUUUUCCCGAAGCAUCGAUUCUCCGUCGAUCGUCCUUUUCCUGCUCCAUCGCUCGAUCUCCUACUCCUCGACGUCGCAAUCUGAUCCGAUUUUUCUUUAUUUUUUUUUUCCGGUUAGAUUUUGUUUUAGUCUAACGCUUUGCGAGCCGAAUUUUUUUUCCAAGAACUGGGAACUCUGUUCGAUUGCAAGUUUUUAGAUCGCUUGCUCUCGUAAAGGAGUCUCCUUUAGAGGUUUUGUAUAGCUCCCCCUCUUUGAAUUCUUUAAUUUACUCGAUCGAGUCGAUCGAGGGAGUUUUCUUUGUGGGUUCGCGAAACCCUAGGCUGGAUUUAAUAGUUUGGCAUCUGAUCGCGGGUUAAAGAGAUGGUUGGAGGUGGGAACAGGCGCGACGAUGGGCCGCUGAGGAUCAACAGCACGAACGUGUUUGCGGCGCUCGACACCCUAAAGAAGAAGAAGAAGUCCGAUAAGGUUUCGUCGUCCUCGAAGAGCAAGGGAUCGUCGAAGGGCCCAGUGGAGGAGAAGGAGCCGGAGCCGCAGGUGUUCUGGGCACCGGCGCCAUUGAACUCCAGGAAUUGGGCGGACGUGGAGGAUGAAGAUGAUGAUGACUACUAUGCCACGACAAAGCCGCUUCAGACUAUCUGGGCCUCAUCGGAGCAGCAGGAGACAGCGGCGAUGGAUGAGGAAAGUGAGAGUGAAGAUGAUGGAAUUGAGAUUGAUGUUGGUGAUGAUGAUGCUGAUGCUGAGGAGGAACCUGAGCAUGAUGAGCCUGAAGAUGCUGUUCCAGCUGAACAAGAAGUAGAGAAGCCUCAUCCUCCUCUUGUACAAGCUAAAGAUACAGAGAGGCAGCUCUCUAAGAAGGAGCUGAAGAAAAAGGAAUUGGCAGAACUGGACGCAGUUUUGGCCGAGUUUGGUAUUUCCACCAAUGACAACAAUUCUAGUCAAUCUAAUAGGGCUGAGAAGAAAGCAGAUGAGCAAAAUGGUAACGGAGUUAAAAAGGAUAAUGCCCCUGCAGCUUCGGAGAGCAAGAGUGCGAAGAAGAAAAAGGCCAAGAAAGACAAAUCUGCAAAAGAGGCUAAAGAGCAGCAGGAACAGCCCGAUGCUGCUGUAACCAAUAAAACCCCGAAUGAAGUCCCCAAUGUUGAACCAGAAGAGGAGACUUCCGCGGUGGACGUGAAGGAGAGGAUAAAGAAGGUGACUUCAGCGAAGAAGAAGAAGUCGGGGAAAGAGGUGGAUGCUGCUGCAAAAGCCGCUGCAAUGGAAGCUGCUGCUAGGAGCGCCAGGCUGGUGGCGGCAAAGAAGAAAGAAAAGAACCACUACAAUCAACAGCCCGUUCGGUAAAGCCCUCAGAUGGCUUCUGGAUGGUACAAGCUCUUCAAAUCCUCUCGAUUGUUCGUUGAAUUUCUGAAAAUAAACAACAGGCUUUCCCUUCUUGGUUGGCGCAAUGUCAUAUUAUGUGUUGUUUUCAGUGGUUCGCUCAUCAGAAUCUCAUGGAGACAUUUUGUGGUUUUACUCAAAAUUUUCAAAGUGGACUCUUCAAAGUGCUCUAUUUAGGAUCUUAAAUUCAUAUCUGAGAUGCAUGGUUACUGCUUUUGUUUUGA